CUUGUCCACGUGGGCUUUUGCACAUGUGUAACUAUCCCCACAUCCACCGAAAACGUUCAUUUAUUCAUGCAAUGAACUCCCAAUCUGCCGCCAACUUCAUGUUUCAACUGGAAGAAACUAAAGUCAGGCCUCCAUGGGUCUGAAAUAUAUAAACCACCUCUGCGAAUCAUUUCGCUCACAUUGUUCCCUUCCUCUCAUACUCCUCCUCUCUGCACCGCUACAGCUCUUGUCGUAUCACUGUGGGAGCCAAGUGCACGCACAGCUUGCCGAGAUGAAGAAGGCAGCAGCCAUUGAACCCCAGGAGUUCGUGCAUCUCUCCAAGACCUGCACUAAAUGUGUCGAACCAGUCAAGGAGCCGUUGAGGCAGAGCGGCUAUUCUGCUUGUGACCAAGAUGAAGGUCUCCAGCUUCCUUGUGAAUAUGUGGAUGGUGAGCCAUGUUUAAGCAAUACCGUCGAGUGGGCUGUGGCUUGUGAGCGAGAUCAAUGGAGUCGUGCCAUUGCUGGGCGUGUGAAUGUGGCGCCACGGCAUUUGUCUGCCGAAGCUGAGACUCUUUUGUCUGCUACUCUCAUUCAUGAGGGUAUGCAUGGAAGAAAUAAGCCAAAUUUUAGAGGGAAAAUGCGGCGGAAUUGAGCACGGCUGGAGGGGAGGUACCCAGACCGAGUACAUACAAAUUUUGGGUAUGAUCAUUUGAGGGUGUGUCUUACUAUUUCGAGAUAGGGGUUCGCAACCGUAACUUCAAGCUGCGCUCGUGCUAUUACAAGCACGGAGACCGAUACCCGAGAUGUGUUGAAGAACGAGAACUUCGAAGAAAGCGUACCAAUUACUCAUGCCACCAUCUGUGGGAGAGUAUGAAGUUUGCUUCACUGCAUCAUGUUCAUUACCUCAAGUAUUGAAAUGUUUCUGUUGUUUCAAAUGUUGGGUUCCUCUGCUAGGUCUUGAACAUUUUUUGCAUGUUGAAUUUGAAUUUUAAUUCAAAAGUGCUUCAAUCCAAUACAAAGUGCUCAAAAACA